AUGCUGCUUAAUCGUUGGCCUAAUGAAACACCAAAUGGUGGUUGUGAUGUUAAUGUUGAAUAUGAAUUACAAAAUCGAAAUUUCGUUUUAAAAGAUGUUCAAAUAAUGGUACCAUUAUCGGACAGUGGACAAAUACCAGUGAUUGGAAAAUUUGAUGGUGAUUAUCAAUUUGAUAAUCGAAAAACAACAUUAAUAUGGACAUUACCUGUUGUUGAUCAAACAAAUUCUGAAGGAGCAUUAGAAUUUACAAUUCUAGGAAAAUCAGUUGAUUUUUUUCCCAUUCAAGUAGAUUUUAUUGCUGAAACAUCAUAUUGUGAUAUUAAAGUAAAGCCCAAAAAAUAAAAAUAAAAAGACUUUAAUAUUUUUAUUGAUUGGAUUUUUAUUCUAGAUUGCUGAUGUCAAGUCUGUUGACACUUGUAAAUCUAUUGUGUAUUCAAAUGAAUCACAGCUUAUUGUUGAUAAAUACGACUAUGUUUAAUCAAAGAAAAUAAACAUUCUUAUUUUAUCAUUAUCUAUUUAAAGAGCAUUAAAAUAAUUUUAACUUAAUCUUUGCUAGUUUAUUGUUAUUGAAAUCAAAGAGAGAAUAAGCGAUCUAUGUUAUCUUAUACUUGCCACUUGAAUUUUUUUCGCUGUAGUGAAUUUAAAAAUUAACCCUUUCGAGUCGAUUCUAUUUUCAUAGAAAGUAACGUGUGACUUCAAAUAAAUGGUCGCACUUCGUAUCUAAUAUUUUAAUCUCUAAAUACGUUUUAUUAGAAAACAACAUAUACCACAAGGUGCAGCGUAAAAAGCUCUACAAUCUACAUUGUAAAGCUUAUUUCAAUUGUGUACUUUUUGUUUCCAAAAAAAAGCAAAACUUUGUGUGACCGGUUUUUAAGGUUGUGAAAAUUGAACGUAGGAUAUCCUAGGUCAGGAUUCGAGUAUUUCAUCUCGCGAUUCGCGACACGCCCGAUUCCAACUGAGAUCGCACUGGUUCCAAAUAGAACUCGAUGAGCUCUAUCCAACGCACUAGUUUUUUUCCGAAAACAAACAAUCCUUACUGGUCAACACCCGUUUUUUUCGCAAAAAAAGACGAGAAAAAGGGUGGGUGUGGGUGAGGGUGUGGGUGUGGGUGAGGGUGAGGGUGUGGGUGUGGGUGGGGUGUGAGUGUGGGGUGUGGAUGUGACUGUGGGUAUGGGUGUGCGUGUGGGUGUGGGUGUGUCGGUGUGGAUGUGGGUGUGGGGUAUGGAUGCGGAUCGUCUACUCACCCACACCCUACACCCAUACCCUCACCCAUACCCUACACCCAUACCCUCACCCACACCCCACACCCAUACCCUCACCCACACCCUACACCCAUACCCGCACCCAUACCUAAAUUACGUUCUUAUGUGUCCCUGUUCUUUCAGGUAGGAUAAUGGUAUCUGUGAUGUCAAGCUAUCAAAUUAUUAUGAAUAUAUCUUUCUUUUGAAAC